AAAGAAUCGGGUCAGUUUAUACUUCCAAACAUAACAAAUAGCAACAAGAAUUUGGUUAGAUGAAAAAUGAAGGUCUUGAGAAGGGUGUUACGGUAGUUCAAGAGGAGCUAAAUUGUACUCGGAGGUUUAAGGGAUUUGGGAUGAGAUUUUAAAACCCUUUUUUCCCCAAUUUCGCGGAAUUCCCUUCCCCAAUUACACGAAAAUCCCUAUCUUCACAUCCUAAGCUCUCUCGAUUUUCCUUUCUCCACACAUCUGAAGCUCUCGCCGCAACUCCCCUGCUCGCUUGUGUAGAUUCCAUAUUUGAUUCUGCAUUCCACCGCCCUUACCACCCUCCGAGUGGUAGUUUCCUGUGUUUGGAAGUACUUACUAUAUGAUACAUUCCAGAAUGUGAUGAUAACAGAAGACGAAAGAGAUAUUGGAAUGGAAGAUUAGUUCAGUGAAGGGAUCUUCAUUUUGAGGAUGCCAUAUAAAUGUUGAUUUUUUUUUCUUCCUGCAUGUCUUGUUAUUCCACAAAUGAGAAGUUAAGAUAGUACUUAUGGAUAGCGAGUUACAGAGAUCAUUUUCUUCACGAAAAAACCGUAGAGGGGAGCGAAAUAUUCAAAAUCUGCAUGCUAGAGAUGUUGAAGGAGGUUUCGUUUCUCCUGAAAAAUUGCCUUCAGACUACCCAAUGAAGAUAGUAUGGAAGAAGGGGUUUAUUCGAUUGUUUCUUGUGGGUGGAAUGUUAUGGAUGUUGCUGAUUCUCACUGCCUCCCUCCUUCAUGUUUGGUCUUGCCGUUCUUCUAUCACUUUUUUCUCCGCUAUUUGUAAUAAAGAAAGUAAGGUUUUCACGAUCUUAGACUCAAUGGGAAUAAUGGCAAAGGCACAACACCGUUGUUCAAUUCCCUUGAUGGAUGAAGCCGAUAAAGUAGUCAUCCCAAAAGGAAGAACUCCAGAUGAAAUUGUCAAAAGACUUGUCUACAUCACUGAAGCUGAGUACUCAAUAAAUGGAUCUCAAACAUCGCCACUGUUUGGAGGACAUCAGAACUGGACACAAAGAGAGGAAAGCUUUAAACUAAAACCAACCAUGAAGGUGCAUUGUGGUUUUAUGCAAAAUGGUGGGGCUGAAAUGGUUCCUGCUGAUAUCAAGUAUGUCAAGAAGUGUAGGUUUGUUGUUGCCUCAGGAAUUUUUGAUGGAUAUGAUGUUCCUCGACAGCCUUCGAAUAUAAGCGUUCGUUCUAAGGAUCUAUUCUGUUUUCUUAUGGUGGUGGAUGAGAUUUCUAUGCAGUUUAUAAGAGAAAAUGUUACUAUUGAGGAAGAUAACGAUGGAGGAAAAUGGGUUGGUAUCUGGCGCCUUGUUUUACUGAAGUAUCCACCCUAUGAUGAGCCAAGAAGAAAUGGAAAGGUUCCAAAGAUAUUAACUCAUCGGUUAUUCCCACAAGCACAAUAUAGUAUCUGGAUCGAUGGUAAAAUGGAGUUGAUAGUAGACCCUUUGCUCAUUCUAGAAAGAUACUUGUGGCGUGGGAAGCAUACCUUUGCCAUUGCUCAACAUAAGCACCACUGCAGUAUCUACGAAGAGGCCGAUUCUAAUAAACGAAGGAAACGAUAUGCACGCCCUCUUAUCGAUCUUCACAUGAAAAUUUACCGAUAUGAAGGAAUGGAGCCAUGGAGUCCAGAAAAGAAAAGCGUUAGUGAUGUUCCAGAGGGAGCCAUCAUUAUAAGGGAGCAUACAGCAAUGAAUAAUUUGUUUAGCUGCUUGUGGUUCAAUGAAGUACACAUGUUCACACCAAGAGACCAACUGAGUUUUGGGUAUGUGGUAUACAGGCUAGGGAAUUCUUUCAAGUUCUUCAUGUUUCCUAAUUGUGAGUAUUACUCGCUUUUUAUUUUGCACCCACAUACAAGAGAACACUCUUCUUUGAUAGAGUGGGUUAAAGAUUGGGAUCAACUUAAGGGGAAUAUGAGCAAUAUGAAAGAGUAUAAACAAUGGAAGCAGCGUAAUGCACCAACUAGUUUGAUAGAGACUAGGGGAGGAUUAGGAUUGUGGACUCCUUACCCUGGAGACCUUGAUUCAGUUGUACUUCCCACUGUGGUAAGAUCAUCAAAAGCAGGUUGAAAAAGAAUCUUCCAGUUUUCUGUAAUAUUUACCUGACAAAUUCUUAAGGGGAAAGGAUGAAGAAAUUCUACUUCCCAUAUAUUCAUAAUAGACUUGCUACCACUAUUUGUGGCUCUACUUUAAAGGGUAGUGAGUGCUAUUGAUUUUUUGGAUCCAUUCUAAUCUAAUCAAAUCUCUCGUGAUUCACAA